CGGGCGCGCACUCUCGGGAUGGAGGGCGAGCGCCUGGCAUCUCCGGCGCGCUCCUCCGGCCUCCCGGCUGGGGGCGCCGGUGGGGAAAGCCCGGGGGUCGACGCCCCCCUCCUGGGCAGCAGCGGCUCCUCCACCCUGCUCCAGGCCGAGGUGCUGGAUCUGGACGAGGACGAGGACGACCUGGAGGUGUUCAGUAAGGAUGCCUCGUUGAUGGACAUGAAUUCCUUCAGCCCUAUGAUGCCAACGUCCCCUCUAUCAAUGAUUAACCAAAUCAAGUUUGAAGAUGAGCCAGAUUUGAAAGAUCUUUUCAUUACAGUUGAUGAACCUGAAAGCCAUGUUACCACAAUUGAAACUUUCAUUACUUACAGGAUUAUUACUAAGACAUCUCGUGGGGAAUUUGACUCCAGUGAAUUUGAAGUUAGGAGACGUUAUCAAGAUUUCCUUUGGUUGAAAGGAAAACUUGAAGAAGCACACCCCACUCUGAUUAUUCCACCAUUGCCUGAGAAGUUUAUCGUGAAAGGUAUGGUGGAACGCUUUAAUGAUGACUUCAUUGAAACACGAAGGAAGGCGCUACAUAAGUUCCUGAACCGAAUUGCUGAUCACCCGACUCUAACAUUUAAUGAAGACUUCAAAGUAUUUCUUACUGCACAAGCUUGGGAGCUCUCUUCUCACAAGAAGCAAGGGCCUGGAUUACUCAGCAGGAUGGGGCAGACAGUCAGAGCUGUUGCACUGUCAAUGAGAGGAGUAAAAAGCCGCCCAGAAGAGUUCAUGGAAAUGAAUAACUUUAUUGAAGUUUUUAGCCAGAAAAUAAAUUUGAUAGACAAAAUAUCUCAGAGAAUUUACAAGGAAGAAAGGGAAUAUUCUGAUGAAAUGAGAGAAUAUGGCCCAAUUCAUAUUCUGUGGUCAGCCUCAGAAGAAGAUCUGGUUGAUACUCUAAAAGGGAUUGCCAGCUGCAUUGACAAAUGCUCUAAGGCCACUGAAAAACGGAUGUCUGGACUCUCAGAGGCCCUGCUUCCUGUAGUACAUGAGUAUGUACUUUAUAGUGAAAUGUUAAUGGGUGUUAUGAAAAGGAGAGACCAAAUACAAGCAGAACUGGAUUCCAAAGUGGAAGCUUUGACCUAUAAAAAGGCAGAUACUGAUCUGCUUACAGAAGAGAUUGGAAAACUUGAAGAUAAAGUUGAAUGCGCUAAUAACGCCCUGAAAGCAGACUGGGAAAGAUGGAGACAUAAUAUGCAAAAUGAUAUGAAGUCAGCAUUUACAGAUAUGGCUGAGGAGAAUAUCCAGUAUUAUGAACAGAUAAGAAACCGAGGCCUGGAGAAAUCAAACAGCUUAUAUGAUCUCACGUGACCAUCAGUGUGAUUCACAUCAAAGGUCUGUGCUCUUAACCACUACCCUAAACUGUCUUCCCUAUUUAAGAACUCCAGGCUUUUGCUUAUUUUUAAUAAGCAGAAACCACUUUACAUUUCCCUGAAGCAUUCGUUCUGUGGUGCUGGGAACAGUGGAGUUCUCCCAGCAAAGUCCCUCGGAAAAGUGAGAGGGUAUCAACCCCACCACAUAGAGGGAGGAAGAGCCACGACUGUGGCCACAGCAAGUGUCUCUCACCUUUAGAAACUCUGCUGAGUGGCAGAGAGGAGGAAAUACCCCUGUCAACAAUUGUGGUGAUUUACCAGGUAAGAUGUUGAGAACUAACCAAAAAUAGACCUGCUUGGAUGGGCCUUUAUCCUGAUGUGAAGUCACUUCAUUUCCUAGACUGUCGGCAAAAUGAAGGAAUGUAUUAGCUGACUAAAAGUAUCUUCUACCUCUAAAAUGAUGAGGGUCUAUGAGACAUGGCAUUCAGAUCGUAGAUUUCCUUACCUUGACUCCAGUUUCCAUCUUACACUAUGUUACUUCCUUUCUAAAUUCAGUUCGGCCUGUAUUGGUUCUUUCUUAAUGAAAACAUACUGACUCAGGAGGGAACUAGAAUAGUGGAUAUGCUACUGUCAAAGCCACUUUGAAAUACAAGAUUUCA